UAGGUCGGUAACACUAGUAUGCCGAUGUGGCUUUCCCCGUGAGCCUGUAUAAUACUGUUUUAAUUGUGAGAAUAUAUAAAAAUGGAAGUAUUGCUUUUGUGUUUGAUUUCAAUCUUCGGGUCCGUGGUGGCAGAGCAAGACGAAAGGUUACCUAAUAAAUGCGAAGUCUGCAAGUACUUGACGGUAGAGUUGCAGGCGACGCUGGACAGAAGUAGCAGGUCAAAGGAAGUGCUGGAGGUUGGAGAGGUGUUGGACACGGGGAAACGCAAGCGCAAGAUCAAAUACAACACAUCGGAAACACGUCUGACAGAAGCUGUUGACAACAUAUGUGAGGGAAUCUUGCAGUACAGUGUGCAUGCUGAGAGACCAGGAAGUUUGCGAUAUUCCAAGGGGACCAGUCAGACUAUGGCUACACUGAAGAACUUGGUGAAUAAGGGCGUGAAGGUGGAGCUGGGUAUUCCCUUUGAGCUCUGGGAUGAGCCCUCAGUGGAGGUGGCAGACAUGAAGAAACAGUGUGAGACCAUGCUGGAGGAGUACGAGGAGGUGGUGGAGGACUGGUACUUCCAUCACCAGGAGGAGAGGCUGGAGGGGUUCCUCUGCCAGAAGCAUGUCUUGAAGACCUCGGAGCAAGAAUGCCUGGAAGAGGAGUGGAAGGGGGACCCAGGGUUGAAAGAAGCAGAACCAGAGGCAGAGCCCAGUGGCAUUGGACAGGGAGUCGGAGGGAAGACCCACGAUGCCGGAGAACUUUGAAAGGAGUGAAUUUCGGGGAAACAAAUCCGAAAUACACUCCAGGCCUUUUUCAAACACUACCAAAAAGUAUGAGCAAUACAAGAUGGCUAAAUAUGAUGACUGUUACAGUUUAGGGGCUGUUCACGCCAAGAAAGAUAACUGAAAAUGAUAACGGCAAAAAGUGUUGCUCUAGUUAAUAUGAAGCACAAUGUCCACGCGUAAAGUGUAAUAAUAGCAACAUGAAGAAUGUUAUUGUUUGGGGAUCACUUUCAGAGUGAUUUUGAGAAUGAUAAAAAGCUGACAGCCAAUCAGAAUCCAUCGAAUUUCAUCACAUUCAUCAGCAUGAGAGACUUUUUAUCAACAAACUGUUUAUUGCUGGUCAGAAUGGAUGCUUUCAUCAUUAAUUAGCUAUCUUUAGCAUACCUGGUGUAAAUGGCCUUUUACACCCUUUUUAACCCAGAACACCAUAUGUUUGUAUGAACACAUGUGCUUUGGAAACUAUGUUUACUAUAUUCAUUCAAACAUUUCGAUGUUUUUGGACAUUGAGGAAUUAGCCUUUAUUUUUGUUGCUUUUAGCUAUGCGGGUUUGCACAGAAAAGGGCCAUAUUGUUUACAUUUACACUGAGAAAUUGGAUCUCUCUGUUAGCCUGGAAAACCAGCGCCAACUGCUGGACGGCAUUUAGGCUGGUUUAUCAGGCUAUCUCUCUGUACUCAUUUUUCAUCCAGGAUGCCAAGAGAACAUUUUUGUUUACCUCUGUGCCUUAAAUGUCACCAUCCCUCUGUUUUUUGUGAUUUUAUAUUGGGAUUUUUUUUUUUUUUUACAUUUUAUACAAAUAAAAUGUGUUCUCAGAUUACGUAGACUUAUGUGAGCAUGUAAGUAUGGGUAUAUUCACUCAAACAGAGAAGGACUCUGGAGUAAUCAGCAGAAUUUUCUCAAAUGUCAUUAGUGCCUCAACAGUGCCAGGAGGGAUAUAAAGAGAGACCAGUUCAAAAUCAUCGGAAAUCUGGUUUG